AUGUCUUCUGAUCUUCAAAAUGGGGAGACUCGUCCCAUGUUACACACUUCGGGCCCCGACAUCGUGGAUCCUCAGGGUCGCCGGGUCCUCCUGAAGGGCGCCGCGAUUGCUGGCUUUCUCAACAUGGAAAACUUCAUCACAGGGUAUCCGGGGCACGAGCACGAGCAUCGUCGAGCUAUGGAGGAGGUACUGGGAAAACAAAAGGCGCAGUUCUUCUUCGAUCGUCUGCUCCAUCACUUUUUCACGGAAGACGAUGCCAGAUAUUUCGCCUCUUUGGGCUUGAAUUGCAUCCGUGUUUCGUUCAACUACCGUCAUUUCAUCGAUGAUAAAGCCAACCCCGGUGUCUUCAAACAGUUCGGUUUCGACCUGCUGGAUCGGGUGGUGGGGAUCUGCCGGAAAUACAAUUUGUGGGUGAUUUUAGACCUGCAUGCUGUUCCCGGUGGCCAAAAUCAGGACUGGCACUACCAGAUCAUUGACCUCUGGGUGGCCAUCGCAAAGCACUAUGCCAAUGAUCCCAUCAUCGCGGGGUGCAACCCGCUCAACGAACCCGCUGAUCCAUGCCAUGUCGGCUUGUUGCAAUGGUACGAUCGAGCCAGCACUGCGAUCCGAGAAGUCGAUCUCGACCACAUCCUGUUCCUAGACGGAAACACCUACGCGAUGGACUUCUCUCAUUUUGACCGAGUCAUUCCAAAUGCCGUGUACUCCUGUCAUGACUAUUCCACCAUGGGUUUCCCGAUUCCCGGCAGACCUUUAUACAGUGGCACAUCGGACGCAAAGGCCAAGUUGAAGUCCCAGCUAGAGCGAAAGAUCAAGUUCAUGCGUGACUGGAAUGUUCCAGUGCGGAAUGGCGAAUGGGGCCCCAUCUAUCCGGAUCCCAGACAGCCGGGCAAUGUGCAAGACAUCGUAGACAGCCGAAUCAAGCUCCUGAAAGAGCAGCUGAGCCUAUACGCCGAAGGCCAAAUCAGUUGGAACAUUUGGCUCCUCAAAGACAUUGGCUAUCAGGGGAUGAUAUACGUGAGUCCGGAUUCUCCAUAUAUGAGACUGGUCGGGGACUUCGUUUCCAAGAAACAGCGUCUGGGCGUCGAUUUUUGGGGCUGCACUGACAAGGAGGGUGUUUGUGAUGUGUAUCGGCCCUUCCUUGACGGUUUGAAGAAGAUGGUUCCGCAACAUCUCCAUGGCAAGAAAUAUCCACCUACGUGGACGUUCGAGCGUCAGGUUGAGCGGGCCGUGAGGGAGUGUCUGCUUAGUGAGUACCUUAAGUGGGAAUAUGCGGAAUUGUUCAAGGUCAAAUCGGAGGAUUAG